AUGCGUCUGAUUCAUAAUAUGUCCACUAUCGCGGAGUACCCUACCCCGGAAUGUCCAUCCAACCGAGUCAUUAAGAUAGCAGUGAUAGGUGGUAGCGGAGUUGGCAAGACUGCGCUGGUUGUUCGGUUUCUCACCAAACGGUUUAUCGGAGAUUACGAGCGGAACGUAGGCAACUUGUACUCCAGAGAGGUCCAGGUUGACGGAGAACAAGUCGCUAUUCAAGUUCAAGAUACUCCGGGAGUUCAUGUUAAUGCCAGUGGGCUUAACUGCACUGACCAAGUGACAAACUCUAUUCAGUGGGCAGAUGCCAUAGUCAUAGUAUACUCUGUAACAGACCGUCGAAGCUUUGAUUUGAUUGGUCAGCUUCACCAAAUGGUGGGUCGUGCUUAUGCUGAAAGGUCAACAAAUCCUCCAGUCAUUCUGUUGGCCAAUAAGGCAGACUUGCUCCAUAUCAGGCGUGUGGAGGCUCAGCAGGGUCCCUUGCUUGCCGCGGCAUUGGGCUGCUCCUUCUAUGAGGUGUCAGCAAGUGAAGACUACAGCCAGGUUCAUGGUGCUUUCCACAGGCUAUGUCGAGAGCUAGCCAAGCAGCAACCCCCUCCACUGCCCACCCAGUCCCCAGCAAACACGGCUUCCUCGGGACCAGAGAAGAGACGGUCUCCCCUCAUACCCCGUCCGAAAUCCCCCAACAUGCAAGACCUAAAGAGACGCUUCAAACAGGCACUAUCUGCCAAGGUCAGAACAGUUACCUCUGUGUGA